GGAAUGUCUGUCAUUUGAAGGAUUUUGUCAUGUCUUAACUUUCAUAGAAGAACUGGUAGCCAAAGUACCUUCUGUAGGCUCGGCAUUAUAUGAGAGAGGAACUGCUAAUACAGCAGAACGAGAGAAGCUUAUAAGCCUCUGUAAUAAAGGUGGCAACUUGGCACAAGAAAACGCUGAGGCGUGUGAAGCGCUUGUCCUUUAUCAACUUCAGACAUUAUUACAAAAUACAAUGAAUGGACACCUUUUACGAAAUGAAAUGCUUAAUUACCAAAGGGAAAGACUGAAUGAAGAACAAAGCAGAUCUGAAUUGACACCUUAUUUUGCUAAGCUAUGGGAACGUUUAACCAAACAUAUCUUAUUGUUGCAAAACUACCACAUUUUAAUCAGACAAGAUGUAAAAGACAUGUUUGGUGCCCUGUUGAUUUUGGAGAAUCAUGAACAAGAAAAGCCGGUCAGUAUGUUACCUAACUUCCUGCGUGUUUGGCCAACAACUAAUGAAGUAUUUGGUUUUUAUCUUUCAGGUUUGAACAUCAAUGGCUUAAAGGAAGAAAAAAGUAAUGGAACCAGUUCUGAGCCCAGUUUUUCAUCUCUGGAGAGGAAAAGCUCUUUGUCAAGAGAUGAAAAUGAAAGAGGAAUAAUAUCUACAAUAAAAUCUAAAGCUUUUUGGGGAGAGAGUGAUGACAGCAAUUCUGAUAUUGAAGAAGCCCUACGCCCCCAGGAACACUGUUCACAAGAAGAUGGAUUCAGUGAUUUCUAUGAUUAA